AUGAAUAUGGAAACGGCCAGACCGAGAGUAUUUUACCUUCCCAGUCCUUAUCAGGCUCAUGUUGACAGUCCGCAAAGUCCUGAAAUGCCCAUGACCCAGGACGAUUUUAAAAAAAGUGAUUCGAACAGUGAUCAAUCAACGUCUAGUGGUGUUCUUAGUCCUUUUUUCCCUGCGGCUCCAGCUUUGGAAAGAAAGUGUACCGCCUCAUUGGUUGGGGAUAAAUACCUAAUAUUGGAUAUUCCCGAGGGUAGCACACUUAAUAAAUGUAUUAACGUUCAAACUCAAGAGGAACUAAUAUGCAAGGGAAAAAUUGUAUCACAAUAG